UUUCAAGCAGGAAUGAGCGUAUAUAGCCCAUGAGAAACCAUAGGAAGAUUCCCAAAUAACUUCUUUUCGAAUGAUUCAGUUGUAAUUUAUUAUUAUUGUAUAUUUUACAACAUACAAAACAAAUGAUCACGUAUAAUUUUAUGAUCUUCAUGUUUAUUUUAUAUAUAUAUAGUAUACUUUUAAAAAUGUCCAGUCUUAAUAUGAAUGAAUUUAUGAUCGACCACGUUUAAAAGAGAUUCGGUCUGAUUUGGUUCCCCUCUCGGUUCCUUAUACAACGUGGUUGCAUGGGUUCAUUGACUUUUUAAAAAUAUAUAUACUCCUCACGCACCAGCUCAUUCCGUAAGAUUUCUUACUGAUCUUACUGCACCAGGAAUGCAAAUAAUUUCCAACGUGGGUUCAUUGACUUAAAGAAUAAAUAUAAACUUCUGACCAAAUAUAAAUUAAAGAUUAAUUAUUUUCGUACUAUGUUUAAUAAAUCAGAAUAAAUUACAAAAAGAAGUCCAUACCAAAACUAUUAUAAACCUUUUGAGGACUAUAAAAUGUCGCCUCAUGUUAAGAUCACUUCUCACAAUAGCUGCAGCUAAACACUGAAAGCAGAAGAAUAAGAAGACUACAAGAGAAAUAUGUCCGUGAGAGCAAUCCUAUCAUUGGUGGUUCUGGUGAUUCUCAUCGGAUCCCAUGAGUCCACCCCGAUCUCUGACGCUCUAAAGAAGGUAGAGGACUUAUUUGUCAAGAUCUUAGGCCCAUCCAACAACCUUCUCUCCUUCGCUCGCUUCACUGACAAGUAUGGGAAAAAGUAUCAAAACAAGGAGGAGAUAAAGCACCGUUUCUCGGUGUUCCAGGACAAUGUUGAUUUAAUCGGAUCCACCAACAAGAAAGGCUUAUCUUUCAAACUCGGUGUCAAUAAAUUUGCUGAUUUGACCAUCCAAGAGUUUCUAAGGAACACGUUUGAUUGUUCUCGCUUUGGCAUUUUAAAGGGCAGCCACAAUCUCACAGAAAAAACCACAACUCCUAGUGCUAAAGACUGGAGAGAAGCUGGUAUAGUUAGCCCGGUCAAAGAUCAGGGACAAUGUGAAGCUGGCUGGGCAAUCAGCUCGGUUGGAGCUGUUGAGGCCGCUUACCGUAAGAAAUAUCGAAUCGGAGCACCCCUGUCCGAGCAACAGCUUCUGGAUUGUUCUACAAAUAACAAUGGCUGUGAUGGCGGCGCUGCUGCCAACGCCUUUCAGUACAACGUAGAGCGCAAACUCAACUAUCGUUCAUUUUACCCUUACGUAGGUACACAGGGAAAAUGCAGAUAUGAGCCUUCACUGGUUGGUAAAUUAAUCAGGAGCUAUGGCGUAGGCGUUUCGGUAAGCAUCUUUUACGAGGAUUUUGAUUGA